AUGUCACGCAAGGGAGCUGCCAACUCAAAGUUCGGUCAUCUCUUCGGUGAUAGUGACAACUCGUCAGUAUCCAGCAGGGAGAGCCGUCUGCCAGGCCCAGGCGACUUGUACAAGGACCCCCUGGCAGCAUUCAUCCCCCCCAUCACUGCAACCACCGCAACAACCCGCGGAGGCUCCUCAACCGCCAAGGCCACCCUUUCACCACCACCUUCAGCAACAGCAACAACAACCACAACAGCCUCCAGGGGCGGCUCACCUCCCACCUCAGGACCCAACUCUCGUAGUUCCUCAAGACUUCAGAACCACUCGCUUUUUUCUUCUUUGACUGGAGGAGGUGGGAGUGACAGUGGAAGUGUCAGUGGUGGAUCGUUGUUUGACAGCACACCUACACCGACUUUAUCGGCUGCGAAGCGGGAUCUGCUCUUUGGCGAUGGUGGUGGUGGGUCGACCAAUAGCGGCUCAUCAGUGUCUAGGAGAACUUCGUCUCCACCCUUGUCCAGAAACAGCAACACUGCAGCCUCUCAACAGUCAUCUUCACGCGUCCCUUCACCCCCCAUGGGCGGCACGUCUACCAGAACCAGCAACAGCACAAGUUUUCUGGACGCGGAAGCUUCUCCCUUGGGCGGACCUCUUGGUGAUUUCAGUGCUAUGCGUAAGGAGGAUGAUGAUGUUCUGUCGCCAUUGUCGACUGCCCCCCUGACUCGAACCAACAGUCAAGCUAGUACCAUGAGCCACGAGAGUAUCCAAAGCAGUAGGAGCGUAAGGAGUCUGGAUGUUUCUGCGGUGGACUCUUCGGUGACUUUGAGAUCUGGAAUCACUACCAAGCCCACAGCAUCAGUAACAGGAGCAGGAGCAACAGGAAGCGCCAUUAAGGAAGCGGCAGCGUCACCGUUGAUCCCAUCGUCAUCCUCCUCCUCCUCAACGACUUCUUCGCUUGCCCGACGCGCCGUUGUAAGGACAAGCAUCGACCAUUCUCAGCGACAGACGACGACCGCCACUGCCGCCGAACCAUCGCCUGUGAUCUCUGACCCAAUCUUCAACCCCCUGACAGCAACGCACUCUCAACUGCCUCCACCUCCCCCUCGCCAUUCCUCAGAUUGGGGCAUACCGCAGUCCGUCCCUUCAACAACAUCCUCACAAUCAAUCGAAGCCUUCCAAUCCAUUUCUCGUACAUCUUCACCUGCUCCUCCUGCUGCAUCCGCAGCGGCAUCUCGACCUCUGUUGUUGAGCAAAAACGGAUUCGAGCGAGACCAUCUUGACAAUGUCACCCCUACCUCGUCUUCACCGAGCCCGCUCUCUAAAUCGGUGUCGAUGAUGAUCCCAGCGGACGACGAUGCGACGGCAGCUUUCGCGAGCGACAACUUGUAUUCUACAGGACCCGCACUCUCAACACCUUCCUCUUCAAGCAUUUUGGAUUCUGGCUUCAGUCACUCGCGAGCUUCCAGUAGCAACAGGACAACAUCAACAAGUACGGGAUCAUCAACGGUAGCAGGAGCAGCAGCCAUCGCCGCCGCAGCCUCGGUCCUUAGACUAGGUAUCGGCGCCGGGACCGUGGGCCAACCCAAGACGCGAUCCGGCUUUUCUCUGGGCGAGGAUGUAGCAGACAGCUCCAACCCAUGGAUGAAUACCUUGGCCGACUCUUUGGAAGAAACCAAGUUCACCCGAGAAUCCGCCCCGAAUAUCGUCGAUUAUACCCAAUCUGAAGCCACCUCUGCUUUCUCUGCCACCACCGCCACAUUACCACCAUCAUUAACUUCCAGCUCCUCUUCAAGUAUUCGACGCACGGUUAUCUCCCCUCGCCCUCCAUCACUUGAAGAUGACAUUGGCGGGUUUCAGGAUAUAUUUGCAGACCUCCGUUCCUCUUCCUCAUCCGACCGAGGAAGCGGCACCGCCACACCCACACCCUCCUUAUUCCCUCCCUCCACCUCUUCCAAAUCAGCAGCAUCACAUCUCAACAAUAGCACAACAACGACAACACUGUCACUAUCAUCAUGGAACGUUCUGGACGCUGUCGAGGCUGCGGCGCAGGACCCAGAUUUCUUGGGCCCCAGCGCGAUUGUUAACCAGAGUACGGCCAAGGUUCUGGCCUUGAUGCAGAUGCCCAAGGAUGCCCUCGACAAAGAUAUUUCUGCUCAGGAGGUCUUUGAUAACCCUUGGGAAUAA